AUGGCCAUGAGAUCUCAUCUGACAGCCAUCGACACUCGGGUAGAGAUGUUCCAAAAUGGUUACACUAGUCAACCUAGAGAUACUUUUCUUGGGUUCAAGGAAACACAAUAUCAUUCUGAACGACCUUUAUCAUCUGCAACCAUAUUCGAUACAGAUUUCGAGGACGACGUAAGUGACGGUGAGGAGUUUGAAGAGACCCAAAAUGCUCAACAAUAUGUGGAAGAGGCACAAUAUGGAUCAGAUUUUGAGGAAGAUUUGGACUACACCAGCCUGAGCUAUAGAUCAGGAGGUCGAGCGAGUGAAACUACAUUAUCCUCCUAUGAAGAAGUAUUCACACCCACAUCGGCCACGAACGAAUUCCAAUCUUUCAAUUUCGACUUGAACCCGAAGAAACCGGUUGAGGGACCUCGGGGACCUCAUUUGUUCCGCAGCUCUGUUUCCUCAUCAAUAGAUAUCCCGAGCCAAUAUGUUUUGGAAAUGUCGCCAAUAACUCCACAACCAUCAACACUUACACCGCUUUAUCCAGCUAAUCCUCUCACUCCAGUCUCACCAGACAGUGCUUCGAGACGCCAGAGAUCAUCUGUAUUGACCGAAAAUAUUGCGGAUCUCGAUCUGAACAACAUCGUUCAAUGGACACCACGUCAAGUCGCAAGAUGGAUGCACGAUGCAGGAUUCGAAUGGUCAAUUGUUGAAAAAUUCGAAGAAAAUGAUAUUUCCGGUGCCAUCCUGACCACUCUCAAAUUUGAAGAUCUCCGAGAAUUAGGCAUCUCAUCAUUUGGACAACGCACAAAAGUUUGGAAUGAAAUCCACAUCCUGCGAGGAAGCGCCCCAAGUACACCCAAGCCAGUUACCCCUAUCGAAGAAACUUCACCAGCCACGGAAUUUCGAAUGAGGAAAGACAGAUCGGAUAGAGGUAGAGAGGAAAAUCGCUCAGCGAGUCAAGAGCGAAACCGAUCUCGAAGACGCAAGGGGUCGAGAAAAGCUCGUAAACACGAGACGGUGUUGCCUUUCGAAUCUAUUUCUAUUGUGGGCAUAGAGCAACUUAUGCCAAAACCACAUAAGUGCUCAAAGGGAGAAAAUUGUGGAAAAUGGAGGAAACAACAACGAUUGAUUGCUGCUUUUAACAAAGAUCACCCAGUCAGUCCUGAAGAAGGUGGUUCGCUACUUAUUGCUGGAGAUCCAGGUAAUGCUCUUACAGCACGUCCAAUCUCCGACGCGGUACCUUCAGUGGUUGCAUCCUCAGAUGUUCUAGGUCCAGGCUCAACUCCCGCUCUUCGUUAUCUAGAAGAGGAGAGUCUUCGAAAUGUCGCAUUACGUGAUCCCCAAGAUAAUGUGAAGCAAUUCAUUAAAUUCCAACAUCUCGCGCCCAAUCAAUCAUCCGAAGAGCCAUCAACUCCUCCAUAUGAGAUGUUCCCACCACUAAAGGGACCUAUCGCUGGUCUUCGGGGCUUGCCUAAACUUUCUAUUCCUCCACCUCGUCCUGAACAACCCAUCAGAUCUCAGAGUGCCACUGGAUAUGGCCCUUGCAGUGCAACCGCCAUCCCAAACAGCGCGGUUCCAUUCUCACCUUACCAAAUGGAACGAGCAGAGGCUCUUUCUCCAGAACUCCGUAACGAAACCCGCUCGCCCUCCGUUUAUCGAUUUGGUACCCCAUUUUCUGAAAUGGACGUCCCUGUUACUGCUGUACCCAUGAGUCCCGUCGCUAGAGAAGCUUCUCAAUCCGUUCCACCUAACAUGACCUACCGCCCGACUACCAACACAUCCACCAAUCUCUCGAUGAACAACUCUCUCCAGCGCAGUCUUUCACGUAUUUCUAAUCGUCGUCCCUCCCUACUUCCUCGUGUCGAUGAAUAUCGAGCCACCGAAACAACUCAAUCCUCCCAGCCGGCCCAAGUUCAAAUUCUUCCCAAUGAACCGGCCCGCACCUUCCCCGAAACCACAACCACCGGUAGAGAUCCUACACGUCCAUUAGGUCUAGCAAACUCCAUCCGGGCCUACUCCACCACAGACCCCUGGGCUCAAUUUGGCGCACCUAAUUACAACCCCGCCCAAGCCACUACAUCCGCACCAUUACCAGCCCACCCCUCCUCAGCUUCCUCCUCUAGCUCCUCCUCCCCAGAGAAAGAUGCCCCCUCUUACGCUGGCUGGAUGAAAAAGCGACGCACAAAAAUGCUGCGCCACGAAUGGCACGAACACCACUUCACACUUCGAGGCACCACGCUCGCCAUGCACAAAGACGCCAGUGCCAUGGACGUUCUCGAAUGCAUUGACGUUGACGAUUAUGCCAUUGCCUGUUCAUCGCUCGCGUCAUCAUCCAAACUCAACGCAGCUUUUAAACGAGUUAAUAUUGCCAUGGGUCGCGGAGGCGACCGAGAUAAAAAAGUAGAUGUUUUUUCCUUUCAGUUGAUACCCCAGGCGAUAGAAAAGGGGGUAAGAAUGAAGAAGAGAGAUAGUUUGAUGCCUGGGGGUAUGGGGGGAAAUGGGAACGCAAAUAAUAAAACGCAUUAUUUUGCGGUGAGGAGUCGCGAUGAGAGGAUUGAUUGGAUGAGGGAAUUGAUGUUGGCGAAGGCCUUGAAACAGAAGAGUGAGGGCUAUGAGGUUAAUGUUAAUGGGAAUAUGAUUUAG